AAAUUUGGGCGGUAACCUGCCGGUAGCCCGAGGGAGGAAGGAGGGGAGCAUGUCAAGGCAAGUUUUGCCUCUCUUCGAUAAUCUUCACCGGGGAGUCUUUCUCUGCUUAACUUCAGCAGCAUCGUCUUUAUCGCAUGUACGCCAAGCCCAUGCCCACAUCCUCAAAGCAGGAAUCAUAGACCACACUGCAUUGUCCUCAAAAUUGAUCUCUCUCUAUGUCAAUCACCAAUGCUUCCCGGAAGCGCAGCUCAUCCUUCACUCAAUCCCGGAGCCUUCACUCUUCUCCUUCUCCACCCUCAUAUAUGCACUCACGAGGUCUAAUCUUUUGGCUUUAUCACUUAGUGUAUUCUCUCAGAUGCUCUCUUAUGGUGUCUUGCCCGAUAGUCGUAUUAUUCCCAGUGUCAUCAAGGCUUGUGGCGGGUUAUCGGCGUUGGAAGCAGGAAAACAGGUUCACGGCAUUGUUUUUACAUCUGGGUUGGAUUCAGAUGAUUGCGUUGGAGCAUCUUUAGUGAACAUGUAUGUAAAAUGUGAUGAAAUAAGGGAUGCCCACAAAGUGUUUGAUAGAUUGCCUCAACGUGAUGUGGUUUCUUGUAGCGCUUUGCUUUCUGCUUAUGCUCGGAAAGGGCGUGUUGAUGUGACGAUGAAGCUUUUUAAUGAAAUGAAAGAUUUCGGUGUGGAACCCAAUAUUAUAACUUGGAAUGGUGUUAUUUCGGGGUUCAAUCACAGCAGAGAUUAUAUUGAGGCGGUUGUUAUGUUCCAGCGAAUGCAUUCGGAAGGGUAUUAUCCUGAUGAUACUACAUUUUCCAGUGUACUUUCAGCAGUGGGUGACUUGAAAGAGUUAAAAAUAGGGAUUCAAGUGCAUUGUUGUUUGAUCAAACAAGGUCUUGGGCAGGAGAGGUAUGUUCGUUCUGCACUAGUGGAUAUGUAUGGAAAAUGUGCUUGUACAUUGGAGUUGACAAGGGCUUUUGAUGAAAUUGACGAGAAGGAUAUAGGUGCUUGCAAUGCUGUAAUAACUGGUCUGUGUCGAAAUGGACUUAUUUACAAUGCAUUGAAGGCAUUUGAGCAGUUUAGGGACAAAGGAAUGGAAUUGAAUGUUGUGACCUGGACAUCAAUUGUUGCUGGUUGCACACAGAAUGGAAGAGAUAUUCAGGCACUCCAGCUUUUCAGAGAGAUGCAGAGUGCAGGGCUGAAGCCAAAUUCUGUAACAAUACCUUGCUUGUUACCAGCAUGUGGAAAUAUUGCAGCAUUAAUGCAUGGGAAGGCAGCCCAUUGCUUUGCCCUUAGAACAGGAAUUGCUGAUGAUUUUUUUGUUGGUAGUGCAUUAAUUGACAUGUAUGCCAAAUGUGGAAGAAUCCACAUGUCUCGGCUUUGUUUUGAUAAGAUGCCAACUAAAAACUUGGUCUGUUGGAAUGCAAUAAUGGGAGGAUAUGCAAUGCAUGGCAAGACUAAGGAAGCUAAGGAGAUUUUUGAUUUGAUGCAAAGGGCAGGGCAUGAGCCUGAUCUUAUCAGCUUCUGUUGUAUGUUAUCUGCAUGCAGCCAGGGUGGCCUAGUGGAAGAAGGUUGGUCUUUUUUUAAUAGUAUGACCAAAGAGCAUAGAAUUGAAGCAAAAAUGGAGCAUUAUGCCUCUAUGGUAAACCUUCUUGGUCGUGCUGGAAAGCUGGAAGAGGCAUAUGCUUUGAUCAAUCAAAUGCCAUUUGAACCUGAUGCUUGUGUUUGGGGAGCUUUGCUUGGUUCUUGUAGACUUCACAAUAAUGUCAGUUUAGGUGAGAUUGCUGCAGAGAAACUCUUCAAGUUAGAACCAGAAAAUCCUGGAAAUUACGUUCUUCUUUCCAAUAUAUAUGCAUCUAAGGCAAGGUGGUCAGAAGUAAAUGCAGUGCGGGAUAUCAUGAUUAGUAGAGGCUUGAAGAAGAACCCUGGCUGUAGUUGGAUUGAGGUCAAGAACAAAGUGCACAUGCUUCUUGCAGGAGACAAAUCACAUGCAGAAAUGCCGCAAAUACUUGAGAAGUUAAAUGAAUUGAGCAUGGAGAUGAAGAAAGCAGGUUACUGUCCUGAGACUGAUUUUGUGUUGCAAGAUGUGGAGGAGCAGGACAAGGAGCAGAUGUUGGGGGAACACAGUGAGAAGCUGGCAGUAGCAUUAGGGCUUCUCAACACACCCGCUGGCACACCACUUCAAGUUAUUAAGAACCUCAGAAUCUGUCGUGAUUGCCAUGCUUUCAUGAAAUUUAUAUCUAGGAUUGAAGGAAGAGAAAUAUUUGUCAGAGAUACAAAUCGAUUCCAUCAUUUCAAAGAUGGAGCCUGUUCUUGUGGGGAUUUUUGGUGAAUGGUUUCUAUGACAUUAUUUACAGAUAUUGAUUUAUUUCAUUGUACUAUUUUCUUGAUGUAACCCAAUAGAUUUAUGUUGUUUUA